AUGCGAAGCUCUGGAUCCCAGGCACCCACCCUCCGGUCCCCCAGAAGGGUCUUCUCUAAAGGAGCCUUCCCCCAAAUGGAGCUGUACCAACGUGUGUUUGAGAAGCCUGCAGACCGCCACUCUGACUUCUCCCGUCUGGCUCGUGUUCUCACGGGCAACGCCAUCGCUCUUGUCCUCGGAGGGGGAGGGGCCAGGGGUUGCUCCCAAGUGGGGAUCAUGAGAGCGCUCUGUGAGGCCGGGAUCCCCGUGGACCUGAUCGGCGGGACCUCGAUCGGAGCACUGAUGGGCGCUCUGUAUGCCGAGGACCGCAGCCUGAGCCGCAUGAGGAUUAGAGCCAGAGAAUGGGCCAUGGAAAUGACCUCAACAUUUAAGAAGGCUUUGGAUUUCACAUAUCCUGUGUCGUCCAUGUUUACCGGUGCUGGCUUCAACUCGAGCAUCAGCAAUGUGUUUCAAAGCAAACAGAUUGAGGACCUUUGGAUCCCGUAUUUCAAUAUUACGACUGAUAUCAGUGCUUCAGCCAUGCGAGUACACACUGAUGGUUCUCUGUGGCGGUACGUUCGAGCCAGCAUGUCUCUGUCCGGAUAUCUGCCUCCUCUCUGUGACCCCAAAGACGGACACCUCCUGAUGGAUGGAGGCUACAUCAACAACCUGCCUGCUGAUGUGGCGCGCUCCAUGGGGGCCAAGGUGGUGAUAGCUAUUGAUGUGGGCAGCCGGGAUGAAACCAACCUCACUAAUUACGGCGACUCGCUCUCAGGCUGGUGGGUGCUAUGGAAACGCCUCAACCCCCUGGCAGAGAAAGUGAAGGUGCUGAACAUGGCGGAGAUUCAAACCCGGCUGGCCUACGUGUGCUGCGUGAGGCACCUGGAGUCUGUUAAAAGCAGCGACUACUGCGAGUAUAUCAGGCCCCCGAUCGACAGAUAUCGGACUCUGGAGUUUGGCAAGUUUGAUGAGAUAGCUGAAGUAGGCUACCAGCACGGCAAGACCGUGUUUGAUGUGUGGAGGCGGAGCGGCGUAGUGGAGAAAAUGAUGAAAGACAGGCACCAAGAGGAGAGCCACAACACCCAGUGCAAAAGCAAUGUGGUGACAUGUCCCAACGCUUCCUUCACUGACCUUGCAGAAAUCGUGUCUCGCAUCGAGCCUGUCAAGCCUGCGCUGGUGGAUGAGGAGUCAGACUAUCAGACUGACUAUGAAGAGGAGGCAUUGGAGAGUGCCCUAUCUGACAUGGAGAUGUACAGUCACCACGGGGAACACACUGAAGGGGAGGAGACGGCUGACACGGAUGAGGAACAGGAGGAGAGAAGAUUCACCAGCGGGAAGCCUCGAAAUGUCUCCUCCAGUUCACAGGAGGAGCCGGAAAAGGAAACUGCAAAUCCGUUCCAAACAAGCCAUUAAGUACAAAAACGGUGAACAAUACCCAAACAGGUCAUCACAAUUAAUCCUGCCUUUCUUUGCCACAUUUAACUCUCCAAUCUGUCUGUCAUGACUCCAGUGUGUAAACCGGUUCUUGGGUGCAAUUACUGCUCGGACCUCUCCAACCUGGCCUCGUUAGAUGUGUGCCUGGGACUCACCGUGUUUUUCUGGUUCACCGGGCAGCUCCAAACCUAAUCUCUCAUAUUGAGAUAGUUGAUCUGAACUUCUUAAAGCUUUAUGUGAAUCACAGCAGUUCAGGGAAAGUGAAGAGACUCUAUUUCCAUGAAAUACUUAUCACUAAGGCCAAGUUGAUAUAAAAAAUAAAAUGAAUAAUGUUGAUCCUGUCACAAUUGACUCUAUGGAUUUAGCACAAUUGACGAGAUUUGAAGUAAUCAGAGAUUAGUCACUGUCAUGUGUUUUUUUUCUUUUCUUUUUUAUCCUCUCUCCAUUACUGCAGUUUACAAUGAUUAUUUACUGAAAGUGCGCCUCUCUGUGUUUAUGCCCAGUAACCUAAACCUCAUAGAAGAUAUGUCUUAAAUGAAGAAGGACAAUCUAAUGUUGCCUUGAAACUUUGUGAAGUAGAAAUCUUUCCAGCCCAGCAAGAAUUUCAAAAUAAAACAUCUAACCGACUGUCCAGAA